AUGACCGAGUUCAGAAGUACCCCUCUGUACGGCGGCGCAAUCGUCGCCGACCUGCCCGAGCACUUCGCAGACGUGAGCAAAAUCCGACAAGUCCCGGACAACCAGGAGGUCUGGAUCGACGAGGACGGCUUCACCAGCAUCAUCUUCGACAUCACCGAGCGCGUGGGCGAGCCUGGUUCCGGACCCGAGAUCGACGGCCGGGCCAUGACGACGCACCUUGAGGAUCUCGUCGGCGACGACAGGGAUACCCUCAAGAUCUGGAACACGGCCGAGACCGAGUUUACCCGCCUGGAGGAGGGGAUUCCCGCCUAUACCCUAAUCUCAACCCAGUCGCCCAAGGUCGGCGCGUCCAAGGAGGGCGGCUCAUCUCCCGACUUCACCGCGAUCAUCAUGACCAUCAUCCGUCUCGAGAAACAGAAGACAGACAUCCUCAUCACGGUCAACGUGCCCCACAUCAAGGGCGAAUACGACGAGGAGGACGUCGACCUCGAGCUGGGUAAGCAGGGUAAGCUCAUCGGAGACGCCGUUGAGUACUCGGCGCGCAUUUGGCAGAGCUUCAAGAUCAAGGACUGGAGCCUCUUUGGAAGC